AAUACAUAUAGCUGAACUGUCCCCAUUUGAAGAGUUUCUGAAUCGUCUUCUUCCUUUGGCUCCAUCGACGGCGAGCAAACCCCUGAGCAGCGGCCAUGGUGCACGUCAGUUUCUACCGCAACUAUGGGAAGACUUUUAAGAAGCCCCGUCGUCCAUAUGAGAAGGAGCGUCUGGAUGCUGAGUUGAAGCUCGUUGGAGAGUAUGGACUUAGGUGCAAGAGGGAACUCUGGAGAGUUCAAUAUGCUUUGAGCCGCAUCAGGAAUGCUGCAAGAACUCUUUUGACCCUGGAUGAGAAAGACCCAAAGCGUAUCUUUGAGGGUGAAGCACUUCUGAGGAGGAUGAACAGGUAUGGGCUGCUAGAUGAGAGCCAGAACAAGCUCGAUUAUGUCUUGGCUUUGACUGUUGAGAACUUCCUUGAGCGCCGUCUCCAAACACUUGUCUUCAAGACUGGCAUGGCCAAGUCAAUCCACCAUGCCCGUGUUCUCAUUAGACAGAGGCACAUCAGGGUUGGAAGGCAGGUGGUUAAUGUCCCCUCCUUCAUGGUGAGAGUUGACUCCCAGAAGCACAUUGACUUUUCAAUUACAAGUCCAUUCGGUGGUGGCCGUCCUGGAAGAGUGAAGCGAAAGAACCAGAAGGCUGCUGCAAAGAAGGCAGCUGGAGGUGACGGUGAUGAGGAGGAUGAAGAGUGAUGCACUUAAUGGGUUGCUGUAAUGCUUAAGUUCUAUGGAAUUGUAGGCUUAUUAUCUUGACUUCUAGUUGAAAUUUUGCCAUAGCGGUAUUAAAUUUGCUUGUUUGGUAAUAUGGAUUGUUGUCAGAUUUCACUCGUUCGGAGAUUUGAAUUAAGCUGUCAGAUUUAAGUUCUCUGUAGUGGAUUUUUUUUCACCAUUUCCUCCUUUCUUUUAAACGCAAGAUACCUAUUCGGUACCCUAUUAGAUGUUAUUAUGACUGAAGAAUUUUUGUAAGUUUCAACCUUUCCUCUCCUAAGUGGAAAGUGGAAACCGCCUUCUAGUGUUAAGAGGUAUAGUAUCAGUAACACCCACACACACUUGAGAGAGAUGGAUUUAUUUCAUUAAUCUGUGUCAUAUAUGAAUGAGAUUCGAGGUGGUCAAUUCUAUUGACCAGCUUUACUGAAUCAAAUACUAUGUUAGAACUCUUAUUAUCACAUUCGUUUGACACAUCAGACGGGAUAUAUAUACGUGGGUC